UCACCUCCCUCCUUUGAGCUGUCAGUUGACAGCGCAACACCGAGCCGGAAGCAUCCUAGGAAAUAACACAGAUUUGAUAAACCGUAGAUUUUAGAUUUCUCCUCUUUGUCACUGCAAUAACGUUUGGGACACUAGCAUAUUUUUGGGGGCUGACCAACGAACGCGUAAGAAACAGAAAAUCUAAAAAGACUGACUAGCUUUCUAGUUUAGCAAGCUAUCGUUAGCUUUGGCCAGUGCAGCCGCUGCUCUGCAACAGCUAGCGAAGGACGGAGUGUUUAGCAGGCAGGCGAGCUCCGUUGAAAUCUAAAACCCAAGGCAAAAAAUUGGAGUAUCUAGCUAAUACAGAAAAGACUACAGUUGUUUUUGAUUGCUCGCUAGCUAAAUGCAGAGUGUAGGUGAUCAUUGAGAGGCUACUCUCCCAGCUCCAUAACGAACUGUCACUGACUGGGUGAUAUCCAGCCAAUUGCCACUAAAGAUGGCUACAGCGAGCAGCAUUGCCGCAUCUAUUGCGAGCAAGACGAAGAAAAAACACUUCGUGGCUCAAAAAGUGAAGCUCUUCCGAGCCAGCGACCCUCUGCUCAGUGUCCUCAUGUGGGGAGUCAACCAUUCGAUCAAUGAGUUGAGCCAUGUUCAGAUCCCCAUCAUGUUGAUGCCUGAUGACUUCAAGGCCUACUCCAAGAUUAAGGUGGACAAUCACCUCUUCAACAAGGAGAACAUGCCGAGCCAUUUCAAGUUUAAGGAGUACUGUCCUCUGGUGUUCCGCAACCUCAGAGAGAGGUUUGGCAUCGAUGACCAGGAUUUCCAGAAUUCCCUGACCCGUGCGGCUCCAUUGAACAGUGAUGCUCAGGGUCGGACUGGCGCUCGCUUUCACACCACCUACGACAAACACUACGUCAUCAAAACCAUCACCAGCGAGGAUGUGGCUGAGAUGCACAACAUCCUCAAGAAGUACCACCAGUUCAUAGUGGAGUGUCAUGGCAACACGCUGCUGCCUCAGUUCCUGGGUAUGUACCGCCUCACGGUGGACGGAGACGAGACCUACAUGAUCGUCACCAGGAACAUCUUCUCCCACCGCCUCCCCGUCUACAAAAAAUAUGAUCUGAAGGGCUCCACUGUGGCCAGGGAGGCCAGCGACAAGGAGAAGCAGCCACGCCCUCCUGAGGAUGCACCCCCGCGGCCCAAAUCUAAUGUUCAGCAAAGGCUGCAAACGCUGCGGAUCGCCACGCGCUUUUACUGCGCCAUGAAACACGUAAGAGACGCCAAGGAGCUGCCCACCUACAAGGACAACGACUUCAUCAACGAUGGACAGAAGAUCUGCAUCAACGACGACAACAAGAAGAUGUUCCUGGAGAAACUACGUAAAGACGUGGAGUUCCUGGCCCAGUUGAAGCUGAUGGACUACAGUCUGCUGGUGGGGAUCCAUGAUGUGGAGCGGGCUGAGCAGGAGGAGGUGGAGAGUGAGGAUAACGAGGGGGACGAUGAGGGGGAGAGUGACGGAGGGAUUGGCACUCCCCCUGACUCCCCCAGUAACACCCUGGACAGCACCAAGCCCCUGUCCCCUGGGGAGUUUGACCCCACCAUAGACGUCUAUGCCAUCAAGAGCAAUGACGGUGCUCCUAGGAAGGAGGUGUACUUCAUGGCGGUCAUUGAUAUUCUGCAGCAUUACGAUGCCAAGAAGAAGGCCGCUCACGCUGCCAAGACCGUCAAACACGGAGCGGGAGCGGAGAUCUCCACGGUGAACCCAGAGCAGUACUCCAAGAGGUUCUACGACUUCAUCACCACUAUUCUCUCAUAGCCCCCGGGAGUAGGGUGGGGGGGGCUGGCUGGCUGAGAGUGGAGGUGGUUUUUAUCUCUCUCUCCAUUUCUCCUUUAGCAGGGGUGUCCCUCUGCAGCUAAAACCAUCAUUUGUUUACAUUCAUCUUCUCUGUUGACUUGAUCUCUGUUACGCGGGACCAUAAGGUGUGAUCGGAGAAUAGGUGUAUCUUCUCUUUUGACUUGAUCUCUGUUACGCGGUGUUCUAGUCAGUACUUUUGUAUUUGUUUGUUUUGUGUACUUUGGGAAUCUAGUUGUUUUUACACCAUGUCCUCACCCUGCAUUGUUUGUUGUUCUGUAUUCCCCUUUGGGAGGGGGUGGGGUUAGAAUGAGGAAGAACAGGGCUCAGUGAUUGGAUAACAAUAGUGAGGUCACUCUCGGAGUAAAUAGUACAGGUAGAAGUAAACAGGAAGUGCACCUUGAGGCUAGUCCAAACCAUUCACUUGUCUUCAGGAAGUAGGAAGUAUUAGUCCAAUAGGCCAUAGGCCGGACCAUCCAAUUGCCAUUUAGCCCUGCCCAAGCCAAAGCUACCUUCCUAUCUGUCCCUUCAUCCAUCACACCCUCCAUACAAGAGACGUUAGGAUAAGCUGCGUCUAGUAAGACUGUGUGUGUGUGUGUGUGUGUGUGUGUGUGUGUGUGUGUGUGUGUGUGUGUGUGUGUGUGUGUGUGUGUGUGUGUGUGUGUGUGUGUGUGUGUGUGUGUGUGUGUGUGUGUGUGUGUGUGUGUGUGUGUGUGUGUGUGUGGUGAGAGCGCUGGCUGGGUACAAGUUAAGAAUAGCGAGGAUGAAGAGAGGAGAAUAGCAUGGUACCUGGAAGGACGGCCAGAGAGGAGACCAGAAAUGACGAGGUCUGACUCGUCCAACAGUUUCAUUCAGUUCCAUUAGGCUUUAGAGAUUUACGACAUCAUUGACUGAUUGGGUUUAUGUCAUUCUGGCGGGGUACCAGGAAAGGGUAUUAGGAAGUUGGUGUGUCUGACUUCCUGUGGGGCAGGGCAGGGCGAUGGCAUGAUACCUCAUGGACCUUUUGAACCUGAAAUGCCAUCAGCACCUUAAACAAAUUGUUGCACUUUUAUGUUAGAGAUAUGAUCUCUCGUUCUGUUACAUGCACCACAAUAAAAGCACUGUUUGGAGUUAUCCAACUCAGCCCCAACAUGUCUGAUAGGGGUGUAGGAGGGACUAGAAGUGGGUUUGGGACCAGGCCUGAGUGUAGUGCGCAGCAGAGAAAGAGGAGUGGUGCCUUCAGGACAGAUACAGACGGCCUAUUGUUUACCUCUGGUAUCGAACCAGCCUGAACCAGAGUCUUACCCACAUCCGUCUGUGUCAGGGGUCUCCAACCCCGGCCAUGGAGGAGCACUGAUUAUGCAGGUUUUAUUUACUCCUGUCCAGCACUAACAUACCUGAUUCAGCUUGUUGUGGUCCAGACAGAAGACCUUGAUUAGUUGGUUAUUUGAUUCAGCUUGUUAUGGUCCAGACAAAAGACCUUGAAUAGUUGGUUAUUUGAUUCAGCUUGUUGUGGUCCAGACAGAAGACCUUGAUUAGUUGGUUAUUUGAUUCAGCUUGUUGUGGUCCAGACAGAAGACCUUGAUUUAGUUAUUUGAAUU